UGACAUCAUCACAAAGAGACAGUGUUGUCACUCUUGAAAUGUGCAAAGCGGCUCUACUUCAUUUUGGUCCGUUUUGAGUUCUUCUUCGCAUUUUAACCACCGAAACUAAUAAAAAUGGCUGACUACUGGAAGUCACAACCAAGGAAAUUCUGUCAGUACUGCAAGUGCUGGAUUGCGGAUAAUAAGCCUAGUGUUGAGUUCCAUGAAAGAGGGAAAAACCACAAAGAAAAUGUGGCUGCAAAAAUCUCUGAGAUUAAAAAGAAGAGCCUCGACAAGGCCAAGCAGGACGAAAAAAAUUCCAAACAGUUUGCAGCAAUGGAGGAAGCUGCAAUGAAGGCGUACCAGGAAGAUCUGAAGAGGAUGGAAAUGGAGGCGGCAGGAGUAAGUCCUCCAGCUCCGACGACAACAGUCCCAAGAAAGCCGCCGCCUCAAGCGAAACCUAAAAAACAACAGAAAAAAGAGAAAGCGAGCAAGAUGUUCAGAGAACGGAACCAAGAGCCAGUCUGGGUGGAAGGGCAGUCAGAUGAUGGACACACGUACUAUUACAACUCAGUAACUGGAGAAUCUCGGUGGGAAACACCAGAGGGUUUCCAGGGACAUUGUUCCACCUCUGCACAGCCUGCACAGAUGAAGAGCUCUUCAGCUGGUACUUGGAUGGAAGCUUUCAGUCCUGAAGGUUACACAUAUUACUACAACACAGAAACAGGAGAGUCCAGCUGGGAGAAACCAGGAGACUUUCCUUCCAUUGUGCCGCCUGGAACCGAGUCUAACUGGGAGGGAGAGAGACAGAAGGAGCCUUCAACUCCUCAGCCAGAGCCUCCGUCAGGGGAAGAGGAGGAGAAGGAGAGCUCCAACGGGACCUCAACAGCACAGGAGCCUGAGGUCCCGGAACAGACCGGCCAGCAGCAGAGUGUCCCAAAGAUCAGCUUCAGGAAAAGGCAAGCAGAAGCCGAGUCCUCAGAAAAGGAGGGCGAGGAGGAAAAAGUAAGUGAUGACGAUGCUGCUAAAAAGGAUGCUGAGGAGACUAAGAAAGAGGAAGAGGUCUCGAGCACAACUGCUGAACCUGAGGGGAAGAAAGAGGAAGAGGUGGCACAAAAGGUGACACUAAGGGUGACACCGGCUAAAAGGCCGAAAGCCGCCACUCCAUACGGGGUCUGGGAACAGAUCCAGGAAGAGAAGGAUCCAUAUGCCAAUGUGGACCUGCAGCUGCCCCAAUGGGAGGGAGGCACAGUCAGCGCUCCUUCCGUGCUGCCCCCAGAGCCAAAACCCAAAUUCAAGGAACGCAUUAUCACCUCCCUGGGAGAGGAGGGAGGAUCGACUUCCUUCAGGAAAAACAAGACACAAAACGGCAAAUCCAGGAGCAUCCGACAGAGAGACAAUGACGACUGACUGGGACACAUGUCAACCUCCAACCAGAACAAGACUCAAACAAAUGUGACUGUUUCAGGAACUCUUGGGACAUCUUAAUGCAACAUUUGUAUUUUUACUCAAGAAGCACAAAUAUCAUUCAGUCGUGUAAACAGUUUCUGACAUAUUGGCCCGAGAAACUUAUCAAAGGAGGAAUUUCUUAUCCUAAAAAAUGUCCACCACUCCCCACAAUCCAUUUCUUUUUCUUUGUCAUGGGGAAGGUGUGCAACCCGUUUUACAUUCUUAUUUCAUGUGUACAAAAUUGUUUGAUCAUUUCAUGAAUUUCUGCCCCCAUAGUAUGUCGAGGUUAGAUUUAAAAAAAUAUAUUUUUUAUUUUUCAUAACUGUAUUUUUUUACCAUUGGAAGUUGUGAAAAUGCGGUGGGGAAUCUUUGUGUGAGCAUAAUUACAAUAUCUAUCAGUUCUAAUGUCUUACUUUCAUCAAGCAGUUUGGAUAGAAGAUAAUAAAGAUUGGUAACGUGAUGUCCAGGUUCUAAAAUA